AUGCUCGACGUUGCCAUGGACGGCUCGGGCCAUGCGAGGGAACUACAAUACUACCACGAGAAAGCCAAACAUCUCGUAGUCAACCCGGAGAGCUUCACGUUAUCCGAUGAGGCACACCAAUACUUGGAUCUCCUGACAGACAUCGCGGAGUUACUUGGAGUUGACGACAUCUCGUUCUCUAGCUACUCGGCCGCAAUCCAGAGACUUACAAUGGACGAGUUGGCUGCCCGACGAUCAUCGCUUCAUCUGGGGCAAACAGAACAAGAGCUCGUUGCACAUCUAGCCUCUCUGUGCUACGAGGAAGAUCUAAUAAAACACUGGAAGAAAACUAUCACAGCCGAACCCGAACCACACGCUAGUGUGUCUGUCUUGGAGCGACGAAGAGCCGCCCUCACAGCCAAGAUCAAAGAAUACCAAGCCGAGGAGGAGGCCCUCAAGAGGAUAUUACCAUCAGAGUCGUCGGUCACCGUGACAGAGCUUGCAACCAUUCACAAGCAGAUCAAAGUCAAGGACAAGACACUUGCUGAGAAACGAGCGAAAGUCGCCGCGUUCCAGGGUCUUCCUCCGAGCAUCGAGCUCGCGCGGCAUGAACUGCGCAGGGCGCGGGACGAACAACUGAAGCUCAUUCAGCUCAGGGAGAGGCUGCUUGACAGGAUGGCCAGUGGCGUGUCAUAA